UUUGUCGUUCAUUUCCCGUUUUAGAUUCCUCUGCUUGAAAAACAAAACUAGCGCCUUGGUGGUUUUCACGACGUACACGGAGAAGCAUCCUUCCAUAGAAAGCGGGCCCCCCUUCGUACAGCCCUUGCUUAACUUCAUCUGGUUUCUGCUGCUGGCGGUUGACGGAGGAAAACUGACCGUAUUUACAGUAUUAUGCGAACAAUAUCAGCCUUCGCUGAAACGGGACCCCAUGUAUAAUGAAUACCUAGACAGAAUAGGACAGCUCUUCUUUGGUGUCCCCCCAAAACAAACGUCAUCCUACGGAGGACUAUUAGGCAACCUUUUAAACAGCCUCAUGGUAGCCGGGGAAGAGGAGGAAACGGAAGAGCAGCAGGAAAACAGCAGCCCCAUCGAGCUGGAUUGAGCUCCUCCUGAACCCCACGGAAGCCCACCCUGCGCUCACCUGAGACUCCCACCACGCCGAUGACAAAACAGAAAAAAACACAAAAAAAAGACAUUGGGAACGGAUCCUGCAGUCGUUCUUCGACAGGUUCAAGGGGGCCCUUCUGUUAUGUUUAAAAGAAGAAGGUUUGCUGAGAUGUUCAUAAUGUUUUGGUCUAUAUUAUUUAUGUUU